AUGGCGGAGGUAUCCAAGGACUACUCUCAGAGGGACGCCACCAUGAUCGAAAAGGAAGCCCAAGUACACCUCGAAGUGCAAGGCGAAACCAACGGCCUGUCACGCGAGGACAUGGAGUUCCUUGAGAACUUCACCCCGCGGCAGCAACGCAAGGCUCUCUUGAAGGUCGACCUACGUGUCGCCCCGCUUCUGGCCCUGUUCUACCUCUGCGCCUACAUUGACCGUGCAAAUAUUGGAAACGCUAAAAUCGAGGGUCUGGUGAGCGAUCUCAAAUUGGACAACGUCCAAUACAACUCCUGCCUCGCCAUCUUCUUUGUACCGUAUAUCCUUCUUGAGGUCCCCAGUAACUAUCUAUUGGCCAAGUUCAAGAGACCUUCGGUUUACAUGGGCCUCCUGAUCACGGCCUGGGGCAUAGUCAUGACCCUGGCUGGAGUGGUACAGAAUUUCCCGGGCUUGUUUGUGAUUCGAUUUCUACUGGGUGUUGCUGAGGCCGGAUUCUUCCCCGGUGCCUUGUACAUCAUUUCGACGUGGUACCUUCCCAACGAAACCCAGAGCCGCAUCGCCAUCUUCUACACGGCCAGUUCGCUAUCGGGAGCGUUUUCAGGCCUAUUGGCGGCGGCAAUCGCGCAGAUGGACGGCAUCGCGGGGCUCGCAGGGUGGCGAUGGAUCUUCAUCCUUGAGGGUAUCGCCUCGGUCGGCGUGGCUAUUAUGAGUUUCUUGUUGAUGCCAGACACCCCGGAGCUGUCGGGACGCUGGCUCAAGCCUGAUGAGAUCCGGUACCUGAACCUGCGACAGAUGGCCGAUCCGCAACGGCGCAAGGCAGCGGUCGCCGUGGCGGCACGCAGCCGCGGAAAGGACCGAAAAAUCCUGAAGUCUGUGCUGCUCGACUGGCAACUCUACAUCAUGGCUCUGGUAUUCUGGGGCAACGCCGUGAGCAACUACUCGCUCAAAUUCACCAUGCCUCAGAUCAUCAAGAACAUGGGGUUUUCGUCGACCCACGCUCAACUGCUCACAGUUCCCCCGUACGUGGUCGGGGCCAUCUCGUCGUACUCGCUCUCUUUGGUGGCCGACAAGAUCAAGUGGAGAUUGCCCUUCAUCGUCGGCUGUUUGACCGUGAUUGUCAUCGCCAACGCCAUCCUCUUCGCCAAGGCCCCCGACGUCGGCCACAACGUCGCGGUCAUGUACUUUGCCGUCAUCUUGGCCUGCGCCGGCCAGUACCCGAUGAACCCAACCAUGAGUACCUGGACACUGAACAACCUGGCGGGUCACACCAAGCGGGCUAUGGGCAUCGCCUACAUGACCUGUAUGGGCAACAUCGGCGGCAUCAUCGGCUCCUACAUCUUUAUCGACUCCGAGAAGCCCCGGUACCCGACAGGCUUCGGGUGCAGCUUCGCCUUCGCUGCCGCGGGCAUCGUGGCCGCGUUGUGUCUCGAGUGGCUCUAUAUCCGCGUCAACCGCCGUCGCUGCCAAACGCCAGAGCACGAGCUCAGGGAAAAGUACACCCAGGGAGAACUCGACGAGAUGGGCGACCGCAGCCCGCUGUUCAGAUACGUCUUGUAG